AUGGGCCCGGCGCUGGAUGCGCUGGCCACACAGCCGUUGAACACCCGCCGCCCGGCCGCCCCGACGCUGCCCAGCUUUGAACUACCACCGCCGCCGUUUGGCCUCGUCGGCGCGGCCCCGAAGUACCCGGCCUACCCCAAUCACCCGCCAACCUCCCAUCCACCGACUAAUGUGAGCGUGGGGAACCUAUUGACGCCUCCCGCCACAAACCAGUCCGGGGAAACCUCGACAGUCUCCCACCAAUUGGCCCCGUCCUCCGCCGCGGACCUGCCCCAGACUUAUUGGACCAGCACCGGGACAACUCCAUACGGCGCCCCUUCGGCGCAGUGGGCAUCGGGAAUCAACCCUCCGUAUUCAGCCCGCAGUUCCUUCUCCCCCUCUGGGGUGGUAGGCCGAUCAGCGGCCGUCACGUCUCCUCCGACCACCGACGGGCUACCCCAGCCGUUCGAAGCUCCUCCCAUGGCUUCGUUCCAACAGGGCUUACCGGCACCACCCUCCACCAUCUCUCCCAGUGGUUCCCUCCCGGUCACCAUGGGUCUCUACCCAUCGGGUCAUGCCUCCUCACCGGCUCCCUUACCCUCGAAUGAUCCAUAUGCUCCGAAAGCUCACUCCCUUUACCACGCCUCGGCCCAUAUCGCCAAUCCGCACCAGACGGGAUACUCGACCAUGUAUGGCGGCCCGCACUCCAUGGGGUCCGCCGGGCUGGGAAUCCAUCCUACAGGUCGGAUGGGUCAGCAGAGUCCCGGCGGACAGCUGCCCUUGGCCUUCCCUCGCCAGCCGUGGCCCUCAUAUUCUCUCCCCGCGAUGAAUGGUCCUGUCAUGACGAAUGUCCAUAGCCCCAACAGCCCCAUGUCGGUCAUGGGCGGGAUGCAACCUGGUCUUUUACCCGGAUUCAAUAGCGGCCAUGUCGCCAAUGCCCAGCAUUUAUAUGGCGCCCACCCACCUCCUCAUGGCCUUCCCCCACCUGCAGCUGACCGACCGUUCAAGUGUGACCAGUGUCCUCAGAGUUUCAACCGGAAUCAUGAUUUGAAGCGCCAUAAACGGAUUCACCUGGCGGUGAAACCGUUUCCAUGCGCUCAUUGCGAUAAGAGCUUUUCACGCAAAGAUGCUCUGAAGCGACACAUCCUGGUCAAAGGCUGUGGCAAAGAUGGUGAUUCUGACGUGAUCAGCAACCAAACUGCUGCGGAUGGCACCAUCAAGGGCGAGGGGCCGAGUGAGGAUGGAAGUCCUGUUAUGAACGGGCGCAUUUAG